AUGCUUCCUCUUAUUCCCUACUCGCUUCUUUUCAUUUGCGUGUUAACCUGGAAUAAUUACGCUGGUUCUUCAAUUACAGAUCCUACAGGUGUCACAGCGCCUCCAGAUCCUAAAACUACCAUAACUAUUCCAGCUCCACCAAAAAUAUUGAUGCCAGCAGUUGUGCGAGCCUUUGCAGGCGACAAAGUGACAUGUUCAGUGACGGGGAGUGUUCCUAUACAUACAGCGAUACUGAAAAACUCAAUAGUAUUGGUAAACACAACGAGCAUAGCAACAAUUGAGCUCCAUGAGGAAGGAAACUACAACUGUGUUGCCACAAGCAAGUAUGGAACUGAUGAGCAGAUGUUCUCUGUGAUACUUUUAGAUUGUGGUUCUUUGAAAAAUACCUCACUGCAGAGUCCUGGAUAUCCAAAUGAGUAUCAAAGUAAUCUGGAUUGUAUAUGGCAGGUUACCAUUCCUAACGGCAUGGCUAUGCGGAUUCAUUUCUAUGAUUUUGAGUUGGAGGGCGAUAUAUGUCGGUAUGACUAUGUGGAAAUUUCCAACGAGAAUAAUGUAAAUUUUGGAAAAUACUGUGGAACGCAGACUGGAAAAACAAUUGAAAUAACUGGAGAAUACGCCGUGAUAAAAUUCCAUUCAGACUCAGCAGAUCAGGAGAAAGGAUUUUCCUUGUUCUUCACUGCUGUUUUACCAAGUCCUCCUGUCAUAUCGAUGCCUGCUGUGGAGCGUGCCUUCGUGAGCGAAGAAAUGACAUGUUCAGCGACAGGAAGUCUUCCUAUACACACAGCAAUAUUAAAGGACUCAACAGUAUUGGUAAAUACUACAAACUUAGCCACGGUUCGCUUCCGUGAAGAAGGGAACUAUUCCUGUGUGGCCACCAGCAAGUAUGGGACUGAUGUGCAGGAGAUAGUAGUGAUACUUCCAGGUUGUGGUUCCUUGAGAAACAACUCACUACAGAGUCCUGAAUAUCCAAAUUCGUACCCAAGGAAUAUGGAUUGUUUAUAUCAGGUUAUCAUUCCUCAAAGCAUGACGAUGAAAAUUUAUUUCGAAGAUUUUGCACUAGAGGAAGCGUCCUUAUGCAGAGAUGACUUUGUAGAAAUUUCCAAUCAGAAUAACUUCACAUUUGGUAAAUACUGUGGAAUACAGACUGGAAGAACAGUUGAAGUAUCUGGAGACUACGCGAUAAUAACAUUCCACUCUGACCUAUAUGGUCAGACAAGAGGAUUUUCCCUGCUGUUUACGGCUGUGUUACCUAGUCCUCCAAGCAUAUCGAUGCCAGUUCUUGUGCGAGCCUUUCCAGGCAAUGAGGUGAUGUGUUUAGUGACGGGAAGUCCACCUAUACACACAGUGAUUCUAAACGACUCGAUUCUACUUGUGAACACAACAAACACAGCAUCUUUUAAGUUCCUUAAGGAAGGAAACUACUCUUGUUUGGCGACCAACAAGUAUGGAUCUGUCUUUAGAGUCUUCACUGUUCUAGAUUGCAGACCCAAAUGUUCUUUCGGAUUAAGAUUUUAUGGCUGGACUCUUUCCUGUACCAACGCAACACCUUCGUACCUUAUGGACUGCCUUCCGGAGAGAACUGAAAACCUGAAUUUAUCUUCAAACGCAAUCAAAUUUCUUCCAGUUGGAUUGUUUGCUGCUGCAGCGAUCGGGCUGAAGGACCUAGAUUUGUCUUCAAAUGCGAUCACCUCUCUACCAGAGAAAGUGUUUGCCAAGCUAAACAGCCUUCGCAAUCUGUUUUUAUCUUCAAACGCCAUUACCUUUCUCCCAAGAGAAUUGUUUGCCAAUCUGACAAGGUUGAGGCAUCUAGAUUUGUCUUCAAAUGCUAUUACUUUCCUACCGGAAACAGUAUUUGCCAACCUAAACAGCCUUCAUACUCUGCGUUUAUCUUCAAACAGUAUCGCUUCUCUUCCUGACGGAUUAUUUUCCGACCUAACCUUCCUAGAGAACCUGGAUUUAUCAUCAAACACUUUCACCAUUCUUCCAGAAGGACUGUUUGCUAAAUUGACCCGACUGAAGACACUGCAUUUAUCUUCAAACCUGAUCAAUUCUCUGUCAGAAGAAAUUUUUCGCGAGCCGAACUCGCUAAAAUACCUGGAUCUAUCUUCAAACACCAUCGCCGUUCUUCCAGAAGGACUCUUUACCAAGCUGACCAUGUUGCGACACCUAUAUUUGUCUUCAAACGCUAUCACCUUUAUUCCUGAGGGAAUCUUUUUCAAGCAGACCGAGCUGUUUUUACUGGAGUUAUCUUCGAACGCCAUCACCUCCCUUCAAGAGGGAUUGUUUGAAAGACAAACCAAGCUGAAUCACCUAUAUUUAUCCUCAAACGGUAUCACCUCUCUUCCAGAAGGACUGUUUACCAAGAUGAUCAGGCUGCAAGAACUGUAUUUGUCAAAAAACGCUAUCACCUCUCUUCCACAACGACUGUUCAUCAAGUUGACCAGGCUGAAUGACCUGGAUUUAUCUGAUAAUGCCAUCACCUCUCUUCCAGAGGGCCUUUUUGCCACGCUAAUCAGUUUGCGGUUCCUAUUCCUCAAUAGAAACAACCUACAACGUAUUCCUCCACGAGCCUUCUAUGCUUUGGAAUUCAUAAGUGCAAUAGCACUAUCCGAUAAUCCCAUACAGGCAAUUGGGUCGGAGGCAUUUCGUUUCCGCAGCCCCCUUACCACUCGAUUAUUUCUUUUGCGAACGAACGUGAAAACAUUUAAUUCAGGAUCCUUUGUGAAUCUCAGCGUCCACGGUUUUAAACUCAAUUUGUGGGGACAAACUCCUCGGAAAAUAGCAUACUACUAUAACAACGAGACCAUGCUAGAAAUAUAUCUGAAUCCCAGCGAAUCACACAUAACAGUUCUCGAAGUCACUUCUAGUUAUUUUGGCUUCAUUCGCUUACAAAAAGCUUUGUCAGGGAUGGGUUUUACACAUACCAUCAAUCACUCUAGCCGCCAAAGUCUAUUUCGACUGUGUCCACUAGGAACAUUUUCAGCGGGAUAUGGGAAGUGUUUUCCAUGUCCUCCAGGUGGAUUUUACUCCGACACUCUUGGUUACGUUGCGGAAAGCUGCAAGAAGUGUCCAAAUGGAUCUUACGUUCCAUUCGACAAUACACCUGGAAAAUCAAUUCGGGAUUGCAAAGCGUGCCCCUUAGGAACUGGUACUGACUUUUUUGCUGGAUAUCGCGCUUGUCCGUGUUUGAAAGGGUUUUAUCGGACAAAUCGAUUCGCUGAGUGUCGCAAAUGUGGCAACGGAGGACUGUUAUGCCAAGAUGACUAUGCGUCCUUAAAAUCCGGAUUUUGGUGGCAGUGGCGGAACGAGACAUUAAAAAAUCACUACCAGAAUUUCAUACAAAAUCUCUUGGCGCCUUCUCCAAGGCUGGAUAACUUUUCCGUGCAAUAUCCGUAUGCUAUCCCUACACCUUACAGGUGCCAAGAAGAGGAAUCUUGCAAAGGAGGCUUGGACUCGCCAUGUGGAAAAGGGUAUGAAGGUCCACUUUGUGCCGUUUGUAGUUCAGGAUAUCACAAGCGACUGCAGUCCUGUACAAAAUGUCCCUCUAAGGCGUGGAUUGCAGCACAAUUGUCGAUUAUCCUGGUACUUUCAUUUCUGCUUCUUGCUUUUCUGAUGUGGAAGAGAACAACCAAAUUGGAAAAGGACCAAGGUCACCAUCUCAUAAAUGUGUUUUUUUCUAGGCUCAAAAUACUUAUUGGUUUUUAUCAGGUAACUCACGGCCUACUAGAAGUGUUCUCGUUCAUUGAUUGGCCAGACUCAUUGCAAGCGGUUGCCACAUACUCUGGAAUAUUUCAAUUGAAUUUGCUUCAGAUCGCACCGGUUCAGUGUCUAUUUUCAGGGUUACAAGUGAAUGCCUUUGGAGAAUUGCUUGUGUUAUUAACACUGAAUUUGACUGUCACCAUUGCCUUGGGGACAAGUUACGUUAUCUAUAAGACAAUCAUCAUGAAGAAUCAUAGUCUACAAGACGAGGAAAAGUCGACAAAAAUCUCCCAAACAAAACAGCUUGUUUACAAAAAUCUGUUUUUCUUUUUGUAUGUGACAUAUCUGAGUACCCUUUCCAAAACAGCCAGUGUUAUUCCAUUUGCCUGCCGAAAACUCUGCAGAGAUGACAGGGAGGAGAUGUGUAGAGAAUACGCUAAAUCGGAUUACAGCAUCCAGUGCCAAGGAUCAAUAUACAACUAUUGGCUUAUCCUGGCAUACGUUUCGGCCGCCUACAUCUUUUCCUUGCCUGCUGCUUCAUUUAUUAUACUUUGGAGGCAACGAAGAGUGAUGCCAUCCAACACAGAAAGUAAUAAGGAUUCUGACACGGAAGUGAUUGAGGGGUUGACGUUUCUUUUUCAAAACUAUAAGCCCACCUCGUGGUACUGGGAACUAGUCGAAAUGUCUCGUAAAGCUGUUCUUACGUCUGGCCUUAUCCUCGUGGGAGAAGAGCGCAGGUCCUAUAUUGGUUUAGCGUGGGUCGUAGCUGGUAUGUAUGGAAUGCUUUUCUCCUGGAUGAAACCCAUACAACUCGCUUCUGAAAACAGACUCAUGUCGACAUCCCUUGCUGUCACUGUUGUAAACUUGGGAAUUGGUGCGGUGGGCAGAAUCCCAGCAGAGAAUACAUCAGCCUUAACAGAUAAACAUAGGGACGAAAUAGUGAUCAAGAUAUUAAUACUUUGUGCAAAUACAAUGGUGAUUGCACAAAUGUUUGUUCAGUACUUGAUGUUUUUCUACGAGUUCUUCAAGAGGUGGUGUAAAAACCCACAAUGGUCAUUUUCUUGUUGUCUGGCUUUACUCAUUCCUUUAAAUGACUUGCAAGGAGAAAUCCAAGAAAUGGCCGGUAGUAACUUGAUGAAGACCCAGCUUGACUCUGGAAUGUUGGAAAAACCGUCCAUUGCUGACUCUGCGCAAGACAGUGAAGCCUUAGCCCUUGGCCUCUGUCAAGAUAAUGUCGAAAUCAAAAAUGAAAUCAGUAUGGAAUUUCACAAGCGAGAGGAAGAAGUCAUCAAAGAAAACCACAACCACAACCAUCAAUGGACGCAAACUGUAGUCUCGUCUUUCGCUUUGAGGGCAGUGCAUGGAUGGAUAAGAAGCACAUUUCCAAUAGAAAAGCAUAUGUACCGCGAAUCUCGGAAGCUUACCACUGAAGUAGAAUGUAAAGUAUCAGCUUAGCUGAAGACAUGUGUGACUGAUUAGGCAGAGAGUAUGGCAACGGCAAACCAAAAGGAAGACAUGAAGAAUAAAGCAGAGAGUAAUGCAUCAGCAAAGCAGAAGGGACGGAAGAAGAAUAAAGUACAAUUCUUUAUCCUAUAAAUCAAUGAGCUGACUGUGCGUUAUCGCAUAAAUCACGAAACAAGUUUAAAAUGGGUGUUAAAUCCCGACUUAUAUUCAGAUAAUUAAGUAGUUGUAGUCAAGAUUAUCCUGUUGACUAAUAAUAUCAUGGAUACGCAUCGAGCAAAGAUCCCAAUUCGACUUCAGCAUAGUAAAUACUAAAUCAUUUAUACAAUAAAAUGCAAUACGGCCUAUCAUAAAAUGCAAUACAUUGAUCACAGAAUUUAGUCUAUUUAAAUGUCAGGAGUUUUAUGAAUAUUGCUAUUUAGUAACUGACACAUGUCAGCCUCGCUAAUCCAAUUCUGUUACAAUAAUCAUAGAAACUCUGCAGCACACUUUAUUACGGUCAUGAAGACGGUAAUUAGCCGAUCAAAAGUUUUGUAACUAUCAAGCAUGGAAGAAUUAACGUUAAGUCCUUUUCCUUCUUUGUAUUCAAAGAUAGGGUAAGGGAGUCGGUAUAUACACGUUGCUUAACAGUUAUUGAGCAUGAAAACUACGCAACCUUGAAAACCAUGUUUA